GGUUGCGGCUGGUGUUGACGCUGGUUUUGUCUCCCCUUCACAUCCCUGGGAGGGAGGGAGCACGUUCUAGCCCGCUGCACUAACACGAACCCGCAAUCCUCCCUAGUUCUCGACUGACCUCUCAACCUUGGCACGUCGAAACCAAUAUUGCACGUCCUGAAAAAUGUAUAAAAGUAAUCGAAAGCCUCACCGUUUUCCCACCGAUUCCUUCUCAUCACACAUUCUUCUACAUACAUAACAACAGCCUCUUGGCUUUUUCCCUUUCCUUCUCUCCCCCUUCAAACACCAAAACUCUCUUUCUCAUCAUGAAGCUCUUCAACGCCUUCGCUACAGCGCUCGGUCUAGCUGGUCUAGCUCAAGCCCACAUGGAGAUGACAUAUCCUGCCCCCUUCAAGAGUAAAUACAACCCCAACGCCGGACAGGACAUCGACUAUAGCAUGACCUCGCCUCUCAACGCCGACGGAAGCAACUUUCCCUGCAAGGGAUACAACUCUCUCUACGGCACCGCUGCUGGUGCACCGACCGCUACGUGGCAGGCUGGAAAGUCGUACAGUAUCAGCAUCGCUGGCGGUGCUGAUCACGGCGGCGGCAGCUGCCAGGUCUCACUCUCUUUUGAUCGCGGCAAGACUUGGGUCGUUAUCCAGUCGUGGAUUGGAAACUGUCCCAAGGCGCCGACUUCGAACUUUCAAUUUACUCUUCCGGCUGAUACACCAGCCGGAGAGGCUAUUUUCGCUUGGACUUGGUUUAACAGGAUUGGAAACCGCGAGAUGUACAUGAACUGUGCGGCUAUCACGGUCAAGGCUGGAAGUGGAACAGCAAAGACAGCACUCAAGAAGCGGCCUGCUAUGUUUGUAGCCAACGUCGGAAAUGGAUGCAAAACUACGGAGAUGGUUGACCUCAUGUUUCCUCAGCCGGGACCUAAUGUUGACCUCACUUCGAACAACACUGGACCGCCGGUCGGCCAGUGUGCCGCUUUACCAGCACCCUAUAUUCCCUCCGGCUCUGGUUCUCCUUCUCCGACGAAGACAACCACUACAAAGAAGCCGACUACGACAAAGGCACCAGCGAAGACCACAGCCCCCGGCGGUGUUUUCAUCACUGUUCCUUCAACCACCAAGAAGGCGACCAAGACGACCCUCAAGUCAACAACCCGCAAAACAAGCACCACUACACCGAUCAAGCCUGCGCCGACCAAACCCGCCGCCGGUGUCAUCACUCCUGGCACAGCUUGCAAGCCUGAGGGCUACUGGAACUGCAUCACGACAGGAACAGCCUUCCAGCGAUGCGCUUCAGGUACUUGGUCAGUCGCGAUGGCUGUUGCGCCAGGAACAAGAUGCGUUCCCGGACAGAGCAUGGAAUUCACUAUCCAGUAUGCCUGAUUAUGAUUAUGAUUUGGAUUCUUUCUUUGCAAUGCAUGCAAUGCUUCUUAUGUUUGAUACCUAGAGUAGAGGAUAGAUAAUGAGCUUCCGAAAUGAAAAAUGCAGUCACUUUCCCUAAUCAG